CAGCCCAUCAGCAAUGCCUGGCCCCAUAAUGACAGACGUGGCAAUGAGAUUCUACAUCAGCCACUCUCCACCUCCCCUCCGAAGCUUCAUCAGCUCCUAUGGGGACCUGCAGAGGGCCAAAAACAGGGUCAACCAAUCUAAGGCCCGCAGCCAGCGUCUCUACAAACCCCUGCGGCCCUGCCUCAGCAACCAGCACAAGUCAGUGGAUGAUGGCAACCAUGUUGCCUGGAGCAAAAAAAACACCAGCAAGAAGAGAGUGGUGUUUGCAGACACCAGGGGCUUGUCGCUCACUGCCAUCCAUGUUUUCUCCAAGUUUGAAGCUGAAUCGUAUCAGAACAAGCCAGCUGACAGGAUCUCAGAAGAGCUGCAGUUCGACAUGACCGACCUGGAGACAGCCACCAUGGACCUGAAGAUCAGCUCAGUGCGCAGCUUGGCGCUUGACUUUAAACAGCCCUCAGCUGACUACUUGGACUUCCGGAGCCGUCUAAUUCAGAACUCCAUCUGCUUAGAGAACUGCUCGCUUCAGGAGCGCUCGCUGACCGGCACUGUCAAGGUCCGUAACAUUGGGUUUGAGAAGUCCGUGCAGGUGCGUGUCACGUUUGAUUCGUGGGCCAGUUUUACUGACGUGGACUGCACCUUCAUGAACAACGUCUACGGUUGCCAAGACACAGACACCUUUGCAUUUGUUCUGGAGUUGCCCGUCUACAUCCCACCACAAAACCGAGUUGAGUUCUGCAUCUGCUUCAAUGUCCAGAGCCAGACCUACUGGGACAAUAACGAUGGCAAGAACUAUGCUCUCAAACAUGUCGGCUGGAGUGGAGAGAACAUGAUCACAACUGCUGAGCAGGAGAAGCCCAUUGAGUACAAAAAUGGGGGUGGGAAGUUACUGGAGCUGGGUUUUGAUCAGUUCGGCAGCCCGCGCAUGUCCAGUGGACUCUUCCCAGGAUGGCAGAGCUGGGGUCAGAUUGACAACACAGUGCCUUAUUGGUGAGGACAUCAGGUCAGGAUGUUUGCUGAACUGGCACUAAUGGAGGACAAAUGUAUGUUUGAGCUCACCUAGAAACUGGGACUGAAGCAAACAGUUUCUGCAAACAAGCCAGACAGAAAUGGAAAUGUAAAGAGCCAAACUGAUCUGAUUUUACCUCUAACCUAGUCAUUUGGACUGAUGAAUAGUUAAACAGCAGCUGGAACAGGAGGAUGAAUGUCUGCGGGAGUGAAAAACUGUCCUGUUUAAUGUGUAACGUACUGAUGUGCCUUCUCAUUGUGCCUUCCCACUCAAACACUGAUUAUAGAGCAUGAUCCUGAACCCCUUUUUGGGGACCAGAUGCGUUAGUUUAGUGUGCACUGAUUGAGAUGUCCCAUAAUGUGGCAUCUGUAAACCAAGCUUAUUAAAUCUUUCAUAUUGAAGGGAAAGUUUGAGGAAUGCAUGGCAACAGAACACUUAGAAAACGUAUGCACACCUAAAAUAAAUGUUAAUGCACAGGAUUUCAUAUGGCCUCAGUAUGUAAGCCAUGCAGUCAUUUUCUUUCCCUCCAUAUAAAUUGCACAUAUUUGUUUGGUAAGGAGUGAUGUCAUUCUGAGGUGAAAUUUUAAAAGGAACCUAGCUGCUAAACAUCAGAGCUGUCACAAGAAGGUAAUUGCAUGUUUGGUUUGCUGGAAUAGGAAAGGUAUUUGGAAAUAUGUGAUGUUAUAGUACGUGCAGAAAAGAAAGUAUGAAAAG